AAAAGGAAAGCUGAAGUUUUGUUCUUGCUUUUAUAUUUCCUCUAUUCUCCGAUUUGGUGCGAUAAAAAUCAAUUUCUUCUUUGCUUUCUCUUAGUAUCUCCUCCAUUGCAAUCGAAUUGCGGAAGAAGAAGAUGCGGCGUACUACAAGGAAGACCGGUCAACCAAAUUCAACUUCCGUUAAUUCUUCCGCCGUGGAUCUCUUUCGUUCCGCCUCAAGUAAAGCAAGCACAAAAGAGUUGGAACGGAUCAAUAUCCUAUUUUACUCAUAUGCCAAUGCCUCUUCUGGUUUGAUCGAUCCAGAAGGAAUUGAAACUCUUUGUUCAGACAUGGAAGUGGAUCACACUGAUGUAAGGAUCUUGAUGCUUGCUUGGAAAAUGAAAGCUGAAAAACAGGGAUACUUUAACCUGGAGGAAUGGCGUAGAGGCCUCAAAUCCCUGAAGGCUGACACUGUUAGUAAACUAAAGAAGGCACUACCAGAUCUCGAGAAAGAGGUAAGGAGGCCAUCAAAUUUUGUGGACUUCUAUUCAUAUGCAUUUCGGUAUUGUUUAACAGAGGAGAAGCAAAAGAGUAUUGACAUAGAGAGUAUAUGCGAGCUGCUGAAUCUUGUUUUAGGGUCUCAGUUUCAUGCUCAAGUCAAUUCAUUUGUUGAAUACUUGAAGAUACAAAGUGACUAUAAGGUUAUUAAUAUGGAUCAAUGGAUGGGAUUCUUUCGGUUCUGCAAUGAGAUAAGUUUUCCGGACCUGAGCAAUUACGAUUCGGAACUUGCUUGGCCGUUGAUCCUCGACAAUUUUGUUGAAUGGUUACAAGCAAAACAAAGUUAAAAAACGGAACGUCUUCAUCAUACAUUGUAUACUCCCACAGUCGUUGAAGGCUCGCUUGGUUGGAUUACACAUUGCAUAGCAGCAGAAUUUUCACUUAUUAUUCCUUCUUUCACUGUUCUAACUUCUUUGAAAUCGAGGAUGAUUCCCAUUCUUAUGCUAAAAUUAUAAUUUCAAACAUUCAUGGAUGAUUCUGCUAAAGUUUCCUCCCACGUCCCACCCUUUUUUUUUGGUAUCCAUUCUUCAUCAUCUUAGGCAUCCAAUUGACUUGACUAUUUUACUUUUA